ACAUUUAUCUUCUAAUUACGUUGAUUGCUACUAUGGAUGUUGAUAUAAAACUCUGUAAAAGUGGCAAUCAAACUUGGGGCAUUCGAUUAUCCGGAGGAGCUGACUUUAGUUUUCCAUUAACUGUCGUCAGGGUACUUCUUGGAGGAUUGGCCGAUCAAGCUGGCAUACAGGCUGGCGAUAUAGUUACCAAAAUAAAUGGGGAGACUAUACACCAUUUGAGGCACUGCGAAGUUCACGACCGUCUCGUCAAUGCCCAGAAGCAAGUCAUAUUGACAGUCGUACGAAAUCUGAAACUCGAACGAGCCGUUUAACGAAAAUGUUCACCGAUUACGUAUCUCACUACGAAAUAUCGAGCAAUCAUUCUUUUUUGUGAACGAUACGAUUAUAUUGAAUCAUAAUUAAAAUAA